ACAUCGGGUCGUGUUUAUAAUUAUUCGACGAACCUGCAAAGGGUUUCGGUGGAUGUCUACUCGUUUUUGACAAGAACUUUCUUUGAAAACGAGGUAAAACUGAUGACCACAAAAGACAACAGUUUAAGGAGGAAAAGGACAGCAUGAGCGAUCCAGAAACACCCAGAAUGAAUCAUGAAGAUGCAGAGGAUCACACAGACCAGAUGGAGGUGAAUGAGCAAAGAGAAGACCUGAAUGAAGAGAAAGACAAACAAAGAACCAAAACAACACAUCUGCACAGCUGUCGUCAGUGUGGAAAGAGUUUCAGAAGAAAAGCCAACCUGAACAUGCACAGAAAGACUCACGCUGGAGAGAAACCGUACACCUGUACUGAAUGUGGAAAGAGUUUCUCACGGCUGGACAGUUAUAAACAGCACCAGAAAACACAUGAAGACAAGAGAGAUCAUGAAUGUUUGCAGUGUGGGAAGAGCUUUACUAGAGCUGGAGGUCUGAAACGGCAUCAAAUGAUUCACACUGGAGAAAAACCUUACAAGUGCUCAUAUUGUGAGAAGAGUUUCAGUCGUUCGGGACACUUGAGAGUACAUGAGCGAAUUCACACUGGAGAGAAGCCGUUUACCUGUACUCAGUGUGGUCAUGAUUUUAGAUUAUCAUCAGAUUUAAAACAACACAUGAGAAUUCACACAAAUGAGAAGCCUUAUGCAUGUCUGUUCUGUGAAAAGAGAUUUUCACGUCUGGGUCAUUGUAAACAGCACCAGAAAACACACACUGACGAGAGAGAUCAUGUGUGUUCGGAGUGUGGGAAGAGCUUUAUAAGAGUCGACCAUCUGAAAAUUCACCAGAGGAUUCACACUGGAGAAAAACCUCACAAGUGCUCAUACUGUGAGAAGAGUUUCUGUCGGUCUUCACAUCUAAAAAGACACGAAGGAAUUCACACUGGAGAGCAGCGGUAUUGCUGUCCUCCAUGUCAGAAGAGUUUCAGAAGGUUAGAAAAUCUUCUCAAUCAUAUGAAGAAAUGUAAGUCGUCUCGUCACAUAAACUAGUUUUCGUGUCAAAUUCAUUCAACAACAUUGACUGAGAUGAGGAAAAGGUUGAAACGAUCUGAGAACUGCAGUGAAAACUUUGUGUUGUUGUUGUUGUCUGAUUAACGACAAUUUUUGUGAUUUAUUUACUUGUUUUUAUUUUAUUGUGUUCAGAUUUUUCAUGCCUUGCCUUGAUAGCAUGCUUAUGGAAUAAUACAAUUUUAUAUUAAAGCUUCACAUUAUGGUUCUCUUUUGAUUUUGAUUUGUUUUUUUUUUUGCAUUUGAUUUUGUAUUAUUACAUUUUAUAUCAAAGAUUUUAUAUUUGCAUAUUUUUCGAACUUCUGAAUUGAAUGUAAUUAUGCAUCAAAAUGAAAUGACUAUGGGCUGUUCAUUAAAAUAUUUAGUGAUGUUGAUU